UUGAAUCACAUUUCCUUUGCUUCAUCUGGUCUGUCUGCUUCAUAGGAUCCUGUGGUUGCUGGUUGAGGGAAGAUCCAAUCUUUAGGAUUUUAUAACUUUUUCUUCAGAUUAUUAUUUAACAGAAAACACAAUACAAAAUCAGCAAAUCUCUGUGACAUUCCUGAAUUGUGACACAACACAGACAUCAAAACAACAUGGCUAUAUCAUCACGACUUGCAUUAUGGGAACAAAAGAUUAAGGAAGAGGAAAGGUGCCAUACACCUUCAUCUCCCCCAAUUUUGCCUGUGGUUCCUGGAGGAUUUAUAAAACAGCUAGUUCGAGAAACAGAAAAGGAAGCAAAAACAAAAGAAAAAGUAAUAAAAGAAGAAAAACAGAUUAAGGAAGAAGAAAGAAUUAAAAUACCAUCAUCGCCCCCAAUUUUGACUGGGGUUCCUGGAGGAUUUAUAAAACAACUACUUCAAGAAACAGAGAAAGAAUCAAAAACAAAAGAAAAAGUAAUAAAAGAAGAAAAACAGGCACAGGGGAAACUCAGUGAUGAUUUAAUACAGAACUUUGCCCAGCUGAUUGAAAAUGAAAUAACUCCUGCUGAUUCUGAGAUGGCAAACAAUAAUCAGGCAUUAAUUGAUGGCCCCAGUAACAAUGAUCUGGCAUUAAUCGGUGGCCACAGAAAAGAUGACUCCAAAGCUAAACUGCCAAGAAAACACCUCACGCUGAUGAUUAAAGAUAUUGCACAAACUUUGGCAACUAAUGAAAAGGCUACAUCACUUAUUAGUCCAGAACCAGAAACCAUACCCAUUGCAGAUUACAUGCGGGACACACUAUAUGAAGUCAUUGAAUUAAAAGAUGAACAGAUGGAAAAUGAAAUCUCUUUGGAAGACAAACUACAAGAAACAGUAGAAACAACUUCUGAGCCAGGAACUAUUCAGGGAAAAGAUGAUUUGAAAUAUAAAGACUCUAUAAAUUAUGAGGCAGAGCAACAAAAUAAAGAACAGGUGGAAAUGCCAAAGUCAGACAUGCAAGAAGAUAUGUGGUAUGAAACUGAGAAAGUCUGGUUUGUUCAUAAGGAUGGCUUCACCUUAGCUACAGAGUUGAAACCAGAUGUUGGAACUCCAGAGCUUCCUGAAGGGAAAGCCAAAAUUCGACUUGACAGCACUGAAGAAAUCAUGAUUGUUGAUGAGGAAGAUAUCCACAGGACUAACCCAAGUAAACUGGAUUAUGCAGAAGAUCUCUCCCUGUUAAUCAGUCUGAAUGAAUCCAGUGUCAUUAACACCUUACAGCAUCGCUACCAAUCGCAGCUUAUCCACACAUUUGCUGGACCUCACCUUGUUGCCAUCAAGCCCACAACUCCCAUAUCUAGCUUCUCAGGAAAGGUGUUUAAAGGGAAGAAGACAGACCAGAUGCCUCCUCAUAUUUAUGCAGUAGCUCAGCGGGCCUAUUGGAACAUGUUAACACAUCGGCAAGAUCAGACCAUCAUUCCCAUGGGAAGAAGUGGAUCAGGGAAGACCACAAACUGCCAGAACGUACUUGAGUACCUAGUCAAUACUGCUGGAAAUGAGGAUAAAAAAGUCACAGGUGAGAAGAUUCAAGCAAUGUUUACUGUCUUAAAGGCAUUUGGUGGUGUAACUACCAAUCACAGCACUAAUUCUACUCGCUUCUCGAUGAUCAUGGCCCUCGACUUUAGUCAGGCAGGCCGCGUUGCAGCCGCUCAUCUUCAGACUAUGCUGCUGGAACGCAUUCGUGUUGCUCAGAGACCAGAGGGAGAGAGUACAUUCAAUGUCUUUUAUCAAAUGCUUGCUGGACUGGAUAUGUCGACAAGGACAGAGUUACACUUACACCAGAUGGCUGAAAGCAAUGCAUUUGGAAUUGAGCCAGUUACAAAGACUGAAGAAAAACAGAAGGCUUCUGCAGCAUUUGCACUGCUUGUAACAGCCAUGGAAGUUCUUGGAUUUACAAUGAAUGAACAGAGAGCUAUAUGGCAUGUCCUUGCAGCCAUUUACCAUCUGGGAGCAGCUGGGACUUGUAAAGUUGGAAGGAAGCAAUUCAUGAAGUUUGAAUGGGCACAGAAUGCAGCAGCAGCUCUCGGAUGUGAAUUUGAAGAACUAUCAACAGCUGUUUUCAAACAUCAUCUGAAACAAAUAAUCGAACAAGUGACAGCAGGAGUCAACCGUCUUCAUCAGGAAGGCGAAGCCAGUACUGGUCCCAAAAUGACAGGUGUAGAAUGUUUGGAAGGAAUGGCUGCUGGACUUUAUGAAGAGUUAUUUGCCAUCAUUGUCUCUCUCAUCAACAGAUCAUUUGCAUCAAAUGGGCUUCCUAUGGCUUCUGUACUAGUUGUGGACACACCUGGGUUUCAUAAUCCACGUCAUCAAAACAAGGAGAGAGCCUCAACCUUUGAGGAACUGUGUCACAAUUAUAUGCAUGAACGACUGCAGACUUUGUUCUUUACAAAAACAUUUGUUUCUGAGCUGGAGAUUUACAAAGAGGAGAAUAUUGACGUUCCAUUUGAUGUUCCAGAAUUCUCACCAGCUGCAACAGUGUCGGUUAUUGAUCAAGUAACUCCUCAGUUUAAAAUUCAACCCAACGGUCAGACAGAAGAACCCAAAGGCCUGCUAUGGAUAUUGGAUGAGGAAGCAAUAACCCAGGGUUCAAAUGACAAUGUCGUACUUGAUCGCUUAUGUUCAUACUUUGAGACAAAGAAAAGUAAUGAAGACAAAGAACCCAUUCGCAGAUGUGAACAAGCGUUAAAUUUUGAGAUCAAUCACCAACUUGGGAAAGAUCCAGUUCGAUAUGACUUGACUGGUUGGAUAAAUAAGGCUAAACCAAACCUGUCUGCUCAGAAUGCAAGUCAGCUUCUGCAGGAUUCUAAUCUAGAUAUCGUUAAGAAUCUCUUCAAGGCAAGGUGUAAAAUCCCACUGAUCUGUCGCUCUGUAGCAGGACUGGAAGGAAACUUCCAGCACAGUCUGCAAAGGGUCGGGUGUGUAAGAAAGACUUUUACUAGCAGUUUUGCAGCAGUGAAGAAGAUGUCUGUGUGUGCACAAAUCAAACUGCAAGUGGAUGCACUGAUUAAUGUGAUCAAACGGUCCCACCUACACUUUGUUCACUGCUUGAUUUCAAGGCAACAAAUGGAUGUCCCAGAUGUGAGAAUGUUUCAGCAUAAAACAGCUGGUGCUGUAGAAGGAAAGAAGAAGGAACAUAAGACUGCACUGGAAUUUGAUAUCCCAGCAGUGAGAACACAGCUAUGGGCGAUGCACUUACUGGAUGCCUUGCGUCUCUAUCGCAUAGGUUACUCUGAUCACAUGGUGCUCAGAGACUUCCGAUGCCGGUUUCAAGUACUGGCCCCUCCCAUCAUGAAGCAGUAUGGGUCAGCAUUCACAACAAUAGAUGAGCGAAAGGCUGUAGAAGAACUGCUGUUAUUGCUUGACUUGGAGAAGAAAAGCAUUAUUUUGGGACAACAUCAUGUAUUUUUGAAACCUGGAGUUCUUGCACAGCUUGAAAGACAAAGAGAAAAAUUGGUAGUACAGACCUUAAUUAUUUUUCAGGCAGUAUGCAAAGGUUUUCUUGCAAGGCAGAAGUUUAAAACAUUAAAGAUUCAGGGAAUGGCUAUUCGAUGUAUUAAGAAGAACCUCACAAAAUUCCUGCUUUUGAAAGACUGGUCUUGGUGGAAGGUGCUGUGUGCAUUACGCCCACUGCUUGAUAUCAACAUAGCUGAUGAGAGACUUCGGGCCAAAGAAGAGGAGAUCUUGAUGCUGAGGAGGAAACUGGAAAAGUCGGAAAAAGAACGCAAUGAAAUAAGACAAAGCUCUGACUUACUGGAAAGCAAGAUUACAGAUCUCACUGCCGAACUUACAGAUGAACGUUUUAAGAGUGAAGUGGCUUGCCUGGCCAUGGAGGCAGAAAGAGCUGAGAGACUUCGGCUGACACGUGAAAUCAAGGAGUUACAGGCUAAACAUGAGCAAGUACAGAAGAAUUUGGAAUCUGUGGAGAAACAGCUUGAAGAAACCCACCAGCGGCUUCAUAUACAGCAGCUUGAAUCAAGUAGCAGUGGAGGAGAAGAUGAGUGGCGGAUUCGCUUUGAAUGUUCGCAGACAGAGAUAGACUUCCUCAGAAAACGUCUCACUCAGUUUGAAGAGAGAAUGGAAUAUGAAUUUCAGUACAGAAAAGAACUAGAGGAGAAGCUAACCAGUUUGCAGAGUGCAUAUGACACUGCCAAACUUACAGUCCAGCAGCUAAAACGGAAGUGUAAACACCUCAUAAAUGACUUGGAAGACACUCGAGUGCUGAUGGAAAGCCAGCAAAGCAGAAAUCAUGCUUUGGAGAAGAAGCAAAAUAAGUUCGACAUGCAGUUAGCUCAGGCUUUGGGAGAGUCUUCAUUUGAAAAGUCACUCCGGGAAAAGGUUACCCAGGAGAAUACCACCAUAAGAGGAGAAAUGUAUAAACUUCAGCUGCAGAUGGAGGAAAAAGACUCCAGUGCCAUAACCUUAAAUCAGAAGUUAAAAGAGCUGGAAGCCCAAGUAAAAGAUCUCUCCUCAUCAGGAUCCAUGGACCAGAACUAUAUUCCAAUGUUAAAGAAGCAGUUACGUGAGCUAGAGACCACUGUGGAGCAGCAAAAUAAAGAAUUAAAUGAACAAGAAGGAACAAUUCAGCAACUUGAGCAGAUGCACCUACGGUUUGAAAUGGAGCUUCAACGGAUGAAGCAAAUUCAUCUGAAAGAACUAGAAGAUAAAGAAGAGGAAUUAGAGGACAUUCGCCAGUCCUGUCAAAGGAAGCUUCGACAGUUGGAAAUGCAGCUAGAACAAGAGUUUGAAGAAAGGCAGUUGGUUCUACAUGAGAAACAGGAUCUGGAGGGGUUGAUUGCUACGCUGUGUGAACAAAUUGGUCAUCGAGAUUUUGAUGUGGAGAAACGCCUUCGACGAGAUCUAAAGAGGACGCACGCCUUGCUGGCUGAUGCACAGCUUCUGCUAGCAACAAUGGAUGAUCCAUCUCAAUCAGCCAAUAAGGAAGAAAUAGAAAAGCUCCGUGCCCAGCUGGAAGACAGUGUUGCACAGCGUACAGAUGACGAAAAGAUUCAGAAGUCACUCAUCUUUGAAUUAGAAAGCAUUCGGACAGAGAUGGAAACUAUCAGCAGGAAUAAGAAAAUGGUUGAUGAACAGUUGUACCAGCUACAGCAUGAAAGAGCUGACCUUCUGAAGCAGAUAGAAGAAGACCAAGAAGACCUGAAUGAACUCAUGAAGAAGCAUAAGGCCUUGAUAGCACAGUCAUCAAAUGAUAUCACCCAAAUUCGAGAACUUCAAGCUCAUCUUGAAGAAGCUAAUAAGGAAAAACAAAGUUUGAAAGAAAAGAUGCAAAUAUCUCAAAGUCGAAUUGAGUACCUUGAAAACUCCAUGGUGGAACGCUCAAUUGUUAGCCGGCAAGAAGCCAUUAUUUGUGACCUGGAGAACAAACUAGAAUAUCAAAAAGCCCAGAUUAAGAGAUAUGAGUUUCUAAUUUUGCGUUUAAGAGACAAUGUAAUUAAGAUGGGAGAGGAGCUGGAAAAAGCUGCAGAUGCAGAAGCUCGAGAGAAAGAGAAUGCUAAAUAUUACCAGAUGAGAAUGCAGGAGAUGAAAAUGGAGGUGGAUGAAUUAGCUGAAAGAGAAUUAGAGGCCAACCACAGGCGCAUUGAGCUUGAAAUGAGGGUGGAAGAGCUAUCGUCCAUGAGAGAGACAUUACAAGCUGAUCUUGAAACUUCAAUCAAGAGGAUAGCUGAUCUACAGGCAGCCCUAGAAGAAGAAGAAGACGAGGAAGAGUCAAGUGAUGAGACAGAUAUGGAAAGAUGUGACUCUGAGAGGGAUAACCAGUCGAGCUUGGGAUCAUUUGUAAGUGAUGAAGAUGGCACAAGAUCAUGGGUAAGCGUGUCUCUAGGUCUGAGAUCACCUUCUGGAGGCAGUAUCGCUGGAAGCAGCAUUGCAGGAAGUCACUCAAGACAAUCAGCCACAAGUAACUUGAGUGUCCACAGCUUCAGAUCGCACAGAGAGAAUAAAAAUGAUGAUUUAAGCCGAACAAGCUCAUCACUAAGUAAGACAAGUUCAAAAUGGAAGGAAUCUGAAUCUGUUCUAGAUAAAACUGACUUAUAUAAUAAAUCAAGAAGGCCUUUAGAUGUUAUAGAGGAAAACAUUCCAAAGAGGAAGUCUCCACCAGCAGAAGAUAGGUCUACCAAGUCAUCCUUGGCUUUAUCAGAAUUCUUAGAAGAGUUGAGAAGAAAACAGAUGGCAGAAAAGGAACAAGCAUCUUUAGUUCUAGAGGACAGCUCAGUAUUACCGAUUUAUCAAACAACUGGUGUAUCUUCUCUUCGGAGGCGUACAAGUGUUAAAGAUGAGGAUGAAGAUACCACCCUGCAGUUUGGCAACAAGGGAUUAAAUGAGUCACAGGAAAAUUCAAGCAAUUUGACACGGUCAGUUAGCCUUAGAUCCAUCCCAUCAGAAACAUCAAAUCCAACCUUGUCCCCAGCAGUAAAAAGGAUGACAAGAUUUGGCUCAUGUGAAUCUCUUCUUCAUCCUCAAAGCACGUCAGUACCGCUAAACUCAAUACUUAAAUUAUCACCUGCACCAGUCAGAAAGAUUACAUCUCCAAGGUUAAAACCAUUAAGACAUCAUCCUGAACUGACAAUAGAAGAAGAUGAUGAUUCUCGACCUAUAACAAAGCCUCUUGUCUUUCAAAAUAAAUGCCUAGGUAAUCUUACAGAUGAAGAUAAAGAAACUGAUCACACUAGUUGGAAGAUACCAAGCCUUAGUUAUGAAAGAAAACGCACUGAAGAUUUUGAUGAUAUUUUGCCAGCCAUAAAAAGAGCCCAAUCAGCUAGUAACUUGGCACGAUCACCUACGGAAGCAAGGGCAGGAAGAAGGCCCUUAAGUGUUCAUUUUGGGGACCUCUCUUUAGAGAGUCCAUCUUCUUUGGGUGCUUUCAAAAGAACUCCCUUAAAGGAAUCACCUGAGGAGCUUGCCAACUUAUCAGACUCUUCUUCAUCAUCAGGCUCCAUUUUUUCUUGUAAAAGUGCAGACAGCAUAAAAAGUCAACCAAAAAUGAAGAAAUCAGAAUCUGAAGGGCAUUCUGAGGCACAAAAGAGUAAAGAUUGUGCAGAAGAAAAACAGUCAGAGGGAGACAGGGAGGAGAAAGAUGUUAAUACCAUCAUGAUGAAAUAUCUUCAAAAACCUGAGAAAUAAUAAGAUUCUUCAUGAUCGCUUGACUGAAAUAUGCCGACUUUGCUGCAACUUUCAGAUGUCUUUGAUCACUAAGAUAUAUAAUACUUGCACUGUUCUAUCUUUCGCUUUUACUGUUUCUCAUGUAAGGGUGUCACAAAUAAAUGUAUGGUAAGAAUAUUAAGGCCUGGAUAAAUUGUAUUCUAAAAUGUGAUUGGUUUGUAUAAAUAAAACAGAAUGUACAAUAAAUAUCUAAAUGUG